AUGCAAGAGUCGCAAAUUAAUCUAGCCAUUCAAGCUAUUGCUUCAUCCAAAAAACUAAGUGUGCGAAGAGCUGCUAAAAUCUAUAAUAUACCGCAUACUACCCUUACCUACAGAAUAGCCGGUCGAACGCCGAAAGCUGGAUCUCGAUCAAUACAUUGUAAAAUGACGGAAUUAGAGGAGAAAUCGCUUUUUCAAUAUAUAAUUGAUAUGGACGAGAGAGGGUUUAGUCCUCGAAUAAGUGAUGUGGAAGAUAUGGCGAAUUAUAUACUCGAAACGCGGGAUGGUUUCUGUUGGUACGAGAAGGAUACGGAAGACGUAGCACCCACGGAUUAUGUAGGUCCUACAGAUGAUGAGACAGGUAUUGAAUGGAUUAAGCACUUCAACAAGCAUACUGAAAGUAGGAAAAUGGGUAGAUAUCGAAUGCUAGUGCUUGAUGGGCAUGAAAGUCAUAAAUCGCCAGCAUUUCAGGAAUACUGCAAGAAACACAACAUUAUAUUACUUAGUUUACCACCUCAUUCUUCGCAUUUAACUCAACCACUCAAUAUCGAUUGUUUUGGUCCUUUAAAGCGUUCAUAUAAUCGACAAAUCGAGAACUUUAUCAAGGCGCAUAUCACUCAUAUUACCAAAACCGAGUUCUUUCAAACCUUCAAAGCUGCAUAUAUCGAAGCAAUAUCUAUAUCAAAUGAGCUCCUAGCUCAUGCGAAUACGCUUUUAACUGCUGAGGUUCAUAGUCUCCGCAAAGCAAAUGAAGCACUUAGUAAACGCCGGAGAGCUAGAAAAGCUUUAAUACGAAAAAGAAGAGCACUUUCAAUAGAAGAUAGGCAUGGUAUAUUAGAACAAGAGAAUGUAGAAGAUCAGAUACAACGCGACGAAUAUACAAAUGAUAAUUCUUCAGCAAGGAGGCAAGCUACUAUACAACAAUGUAGCAAAUGCGGUAGUACUUUACAUAAUGCACGAACUUGUCAGUUCGAUCCAGCAUUAGUUGAUCUUUAG